AUGGCUCGACAUGAUGAGAAUGUCAAGACGGUCGUCAUUCUGGAGAUGGAGAAAGAGAUCGUCAUAAAGCAUGGUGACUGUGUCUGGAUGGCACUGUAUGUGCCGUCGGCUCCUCUGCCACCGAUUGCUGUUGCUACUGUGUUUGUUGCUAUUGGAAGCUGUGCACUAUCUCCGUCAGUAACCGCAGAGGCUAUUGCACCUAAUCGAGACACUAUAACAACAUUUAGCCAACCAUGCAUGCUAAGGUUCAAAAGUCUGCCUGUUCGAUUAAUGCGGACAUGUCUAAUGGGAAUCCCUCUUUUAAUGGGGAUAUGCACUGAGAGUCAGAAAAUAACCAUAGAAAUAUUGAGAUAUAAGGAAACCAGUCAGAGAACUGAGGCUAUUAGAGUGAGGUUAAAACCGAGGGCUGGGACAACUGAUCUACCACAAGUAUAUGCAGCAGAGAUCUUCAUGAACUCUCAACUUCCAUGGGGAAAAGAAUUGGUAUACAACUGGAAGUGGACGUUCUACGUGUGGACUUCACUUUACAUGUACAUUAUACUUCUGAUUCUCUGGUGCGGCUGGUUCAAACCAUUCUCUCUUAUAAGGCAUGAAAGUUUUGUAGUGGACCAACCUUCCGAAGGUGGGGAGGAUAUGGCGGAUACUUACAAAAAGGAUGAUGAGAUCUCUGAUGAAAUGUCUAAAAUCAUAAAGAGAUGGCGUGAGCGGAGGAGCAAGAGGAAGGCUCCAUUACCAGAGAUGCAUUUGCCAGAUCUUAUUGAGGGUUCAGCUUCAAGUAAUGUAAGAGAGACAACGGAAGUUAUUGAGGAUUGUAGUGACUUUGAAGAAGCCUCCGAAUCUUCGGAAUGUGGUGGUGGUUAUGCGUGUAAAAGCAAAUGA